AUGAGAACGAAACCUGCGGCUGCAUCGAUGACGGGUACUCUGGCAGGUGGGAUUUCAGAACCUGCACUCAUUGUGGCGGGAACGAAAGGUGAGGAAAUUUCCAACCCAGAGUUAGUAGAACUUUGCAUUGACGUAAUUAUGCUACAUAGAAACCCUUGUAAAACCUGCGACUCCCGAGGUGUGGUCAGAGUCCCUUGCCCUCACGGGGCUGCUGGCCAAGCCCAGGCUCUAAGCUCUCAGCCCGUGGCCGAGGACUCGAACAACAAACCGGGACCCAGGGGACCUACGGGACCGACAGGCUCGGGUCAAGGCGUCGCCGGUGCCGGCUGCCACUGA